AUGGGCAACAUCAAAUGCAACCAAUUGAUUUUCAUGACCAACACAGAAGAGACGCUGACCAGGCUGUGUGGCCUAACCAAAAAUAUGCUCUGUCAGAUGGGACUAAGGGUGAAUCAGCAGAAGUCGUGGAGUAACGUCGGGAACAGUGGAGUCUUCGAAGAGAUGGUGGACGAUCACAGAGGUUACAAGUAUCUGGGCAUCUUGGAAAAUUCUCGAAAUGUGGUGAAAGAUGUGAACAAGGUCAUCGUUACCAACAAGGCCAACGAAAGAACGAGAAUGCAUUGCAAGACAAAGCUAAAAGCUGCCAAUCUAAUUAGAGGAAUCAACGAAUUUGCCCUCUUGACACUCAAUUACUAUAUAGGUCCCAUGCCCUUCAAGCCGAAAAAAUACGAAACGAUUAACAAGGAGGUGAGGAAAAUCCUGAGCGAGUACAAGGCGACAACGAAUGCAGCGAGGAUGGACCGGCUAUACCUGAAGCACGACCAACCUGAAGAGGACUCAGUUACGUUGAGGAGAAAGAUGAGCUAA